AUGGCCACUGCUGAGGCGCAAGGUUCGACUGUCGCUGUUCAGACGACAGAGGAUCAGCCAAUCUCGAAUUCUUCGGGCGCUUCGCAGCUUCAAGAGGGGGAUCAAACACCCGUCGAUCAAGCUGAGAGUAUUAUGGAAGAAUCAGCUGAGAUACGCAUGGCAGAGAAAGAGGCAAAAGAUGCCAUUUUGGAGGCUGUGAAGAAGAUGAGGGCUUUGAAAAUGGCUACAAAAGUUGACAUAUCCAAGGAAUUAGCCGAACUCAUCGACGCUGCAGAGGAGUUUCCAUCUCCUCCCGACUCAGUGAACACCAGCACUGUCAGCACCCGUAGUCCUUCUCCCACUGGCGUCCCUGAUAUAUCAACUUUCCGUUCUCCUGGUCAGGCUCCCAAUCAUCCACCCCGUCAACCUAUUCCCAAUCAGCCUGCCCAGCGCAUUUCUCAGAUUGACAUAUCCGACAAGCUGCGCUCUUGCACAGUCCAGCGGCUAUCGAUGGAGGAUUGGCGCGUGGAUGGGUCGAGCGGGUUACCACCUGGUGUCGUAGGAUCGAUCAAUGGCCAUCCACAGUCUCGCGCCCCAGUCAUCCAAGCCUAUUAUCGGAACACACCAUCUGAGUCAGAACUGGCUUCCAGAAAAGACUUUGAUGGAGACUUAACGAACGCUCACACCAAUACGCAGAACACCGGGAAACCCCAGAGAAUCAAAAUCAAUUCUUCCAUUCUACUUGACGACCUAGAGCUAAUUUCUGGUCUGACAUUAUCCAACCGACCACAUUACAUAAUCCCACCUUUCAAAUUACUCAUACAUAAUGUGGAUGGAAUCAAAUCGAAAUUAGAAGAGCUCACAUCUGAAGUCAAGGACCUAGAUGUUCGCAAAAUAUCGGCCCCGGCAACAGCCUCGUUAAAGCAGACAGACCUCGAAAAUGAUGCAACAAUGCUUGAUCCAUCCAUGAAUGACCCAGAAGGCCCAGAGGCCUCGGGAGAGCAAAGCGAGACUCAUGUAUCAUCUCAAGAAAAAGAAAGUGUGGAUGAAGUAGAGAAAAAGUCGCACAAGUUGACAGAAAGAGCCCAAACCGAUGGGGGUGUCGGCCUCGCCGUAGCCUAUGAAAAGCUGCAAACCCGUGUCGCUCACUUGCAAUGUCUAUAUGACUACAUCUCAACCGAUUUGCGCCAUUUAGUCGGCUUAUCGAUGAGGAUUCAAGAAGGCACACUGGAAACGAUCACAUUCGAUGGAGUAUAUCAUCUAUACUCUCCAGGGGACCUUAUUAUCAACCGCGAAGAUGAUGUAGACUUACUGUAUCAGGUCUACGCCGUGACGGGGGGCCGAAUGAGAUUGCAGAGAUACGUAAACAUUUAUCGACCGCAAAUUGAGGAGGAAGAGGCGGAUAACUCGCCGACAGCUGGAAUAGGAACAUGGACUGAUGUUGUCAUUGACUGUUUCCGGAUGCAUUGGGAUGGGACGCAAAUCGGCCCAAAGCGCAUGACCCAUCGGGUGCGGCAUUUCACAGGCGAGAAGAAGAUCACCGAAUUAGACUAUUAUCCGGUCAGGUUUCGACAAAACUCCGAAGACCUCUGCAAGGGGUUAGAGAUCCGUGGAAAGAAGCUAUUAGGAUGCCACGGUCAUAAGAAAUACGACGGAUUGACGGCAAAACCUCCCAGGUCCCGAGAGCACAUGCGUGUUCCACGACCAAUCCGGGGUCCUGGCCCUCCGCCGCCUCCGCCAGCCCCAGGGCUCGGUUUCACAAAGAUUGGCAAGGCAAAUAAGGAAUUGGAGAGCGACAUCUUUGUUGACUUCAAGACUUUCGCCCAAACAUUCCCAUACUUCGAUUCAGACUUUGACACUCUGGGGAGGGUUCGUCCCAGCACACGAGAGGUCACCGAGAGCUUCCCAAGAAAAGACCGAGAUUACCACGCCGGCGAUCAUGACGUUGAUGAGGCGCGCUCGGACAAGUUCCUAUCAACACACUUCCAUCUCGCCCACCCCAAGAGGCCAGAAGAACUAAACGCCAUAGAAGACUACCUGAUGCUUUUGCCGCAGUGUGUGCCGGCCUUCGAAUUCCGACAUCGGGAGUGGAAUUAUUUUGACGUUGAUAAGCUGGAAGAAAUCGAUAAAAGUGACGAUGCACGAAGACGCGGCUGGGAAGAUCUUGUUAUUAACGAGGGAUAUAGCCAGUUGCUACUCUCCCUAGUGGAUAACCAUGCAUCAGCAUAUGAUCUAAGGAAAAAAACCAAUGCAGCCGGCCACGGCGUAUCAACUGCUCAGAUUGAUUUGAUCAAAGGAAAAGGCAGAGGUCUGAUCAUCCUGCUCCAUGGGCCACCUGGUACUGGCAAAACAUCAACGGCUGAAACCAUUGCUGCGUACACGGGACGCCCACUUUAUGCCAUCACCUGCGGCGACAUUGGCGUGUCGGCGUCAGAGGUCGAAGAAAACCUUCGAGUCCAUACUGAGAGAGCUCAAAAAUGGGGGUGUGUUCUACUUCUCGACGAGGCCGAUGUUUUCAUGGCAAAGAGAACCUGGGACGUGUUCCUAAGACACUUGGAGUACUACAGCGGUAUACUGUUUCUUACAACGAACAUAGUAGGAAUCAUUGACGAAGCCUUCAAGUCCCGCAUCCAUAUAGCUCUUCGAUACGACUCCAUAGACCUGGGCUCAACGCAGCUGAUCUGGAACAAUCUCCUCGAUCGUAUUAUUAAAGACAACGACCAUUCCGAGGUUAAAAUCAAGUUUGACCGGGAUAUUCUCCUGGACUUUGCGCAGUCCCACUACGAGAAGAAUGAGGCAAACGAGACGACCUGGAAUGCCCGACAAAUCCGCAACGCUUUCUCUACUGCCAUUGCUAUGGGCCAGUUCGAUAGACUCGAGCGCAUUCGAAAAGAAGGAUUGAAGCCUGAUGAAGUAGCUUCUUCGGGCAAGAAGAGUCUAAUGACAAUACGGCUGACGAACCGAAACUUUUCCAAGAUCGCAGAUACCGCUGCGGAUUUUGAGAAGUAUCUCAACGCCGUCCGCGGGCCCGAUGCCGAUAACGCUCUCGCGAGUCAACAGCGCGAUGAUUAUUUUGCCCGCCAGCUUACUCCGCUGCCAGUCCGUAAACGGGGCUGGGGAGGACCGGAUCAGGGAUACAGCUCGAGACGCCAGGAUCACGUGGCCAUGCCAGCAUCUCGGCCUGGAAAGGGGAAGAGGAGUGCAAAAAAGGCUAGCCACGUAGAGGAGGGAGCGGAUGACUAUGAAAGUGAAGAUGAAGAUGUUAAAGGUAGUAAACACAGGCAGAGAAAAGAAGAAUACUCGGACGACGAUGAUGAAUCUGAGGCAGACUGA